AUGGGGGUUCAGAGGUCGGAGCUUAAGGUGGGAGUGGAGCCUUUCCAUGGCAUAACCCCCAACUCAUCGACCAUGCCCCUGGGACAGGUCGAGUUGCUAGUUACAUUUGGCACGCCCGACAACUUUCGUAUAGAGAGGCUUACCUUCAAUGUUGUGAACUUCAAGAUGACAUAUAAUGUGAUCCUAGGACACCCAAUACUAGGUAAGUUUAUGACAGUGGUGCACUAUGCGUACCACACACUCAAGAUCCCAGGCCCCAAAGGGAUCAUAACUAGACAUAUAGCAGUCAAAUGUGACAAGCAGAGUCUAGACAUGGCCGAACACCUUAGUCGAGCAGCAACCACUUCUAAGGGCAUGGAUUCCAAGCGCAAGAAACAUCAAGCCACCACCGUUGAGAUUAAGGACAAAAGGCUUGUAAGCCUUGCUGAUACUUCCAAGUCUAAUGAUGGUGCCAAGGGUGAGACCAGUGACAACGUCGACAACAAAAGGGGUGAUGGUGUUGUUAAGGCAAUACCCCUUGACUUGUCUGAACCAGCCAAGAUGAUUAAGAAACAGUGA